CCCUCGAUCCUCCUUGGAUCCUUCGCUGGAAGAGACAUAACGCGCGACGACUGACAACAGGCCGGUUGCUCCAGGUAGGAGCCCUAAAGUGGCCUGGGCUGAGAUUGGAGUGAGACCUCAGCCCUUGGCUGGGGUACUUUCCAUAUAGAGGAGACGGAUUCAGAAGGGCUACAGACCAAGAUUGUAGAAAACCAGACAUAUGAUGAGCGUCUAGAGAUUAACGACUCGGAAGAGGUUGCAAGUAUUUAUACUUCAACCUCGAGACACAAAGGACUUCCUCGUUCCAUGCAUCCUCCUGACAAGACUAUGGCCGAUAAAAGCAGUGAGGAGUAUGAAGAGGAAAAUAACAAGGAGAAGAAGAAGACCUCACGGCUGACGCCUCAGCGGGGCUUCAGCGAAAUCGACGACGAUGACGAUGACAACGACUCCUCGGAAACUGAUUCUGACGAUGACGAUGACGACGAUGAGGAGCACGGGGCCCCCCUGGAGGGGGCCUAUGAUCCUGCGGAUUAUGAGCAUUUGCCAGUUUCUGCUGAGAUUAAGGAACUCUUCCAGUACAUCAAUCGGUACACACCUCAGCUGAUUGACCUGGACCACAAACUGAAACCUUUCAUUCCUGAAUUUAUCCCAGCUGUUGGGGAUAUUGAUGCAUUCUUAAAGGUUCCACGUCCUGAUGGAAAGCCUGACAACCUUGGCUUAUUGGUAUUGGAUGAGCCUUCUACGAAGCAGUCAGACCCUACAGUGCUUUCACUUUGGUUAACAGAGAAUUCCAAACAGCACAACAUCACACAACAUAUGAAAGUAAAGAGCCUGGAAGACGCAGAAAAGAAUCCCAAGGCUAUUGACACAUGGAUUGAGAGCAUCUCUGAAUUACACCGUUCCAAGCCCCCUGCGACUGUGCACUACACCAGGCCUAUGCCGGAUAUUGACACGUUGAUGCAAGAAUGGUCUCCAGAGUUUGAAGAACUUUUGGGAAAGGUGAGCCUGCCCACAGCAGAGAUCGACUGCAGCCUGGCAGAGUACAUUGACAUGAUCUGUGCCAUCCUAGACAUCCCUGUCUACAAGAGUCGGAUUCAGUCCCUCCAUCUGCUCUUUUCCCUCUACUCGGAAUUCAAGAACUCACAGCAUUUUAAAGCUCUAGCUGAAGGCAAGAAAGCAUUCACCCCUCCAUCCAACUCCACCUCCCAAGCUGGAGAUGCAGAGACAUUAACCUUCAGCUGAGACACCUCCCAUGUCGCUCUGUUUCAAGGCUGAGCUGUUUACUCUACGCCAUCUUAGAAGGAGGAAUCGUUGUCAGCCACCUGGCGUCCUUGCCCCCCUCACAGCUUGACUUGGUAACAGUGCAUGUCCUACCCCCUUCUCUGCCAGAAAGCACUGCACAUGGUUGUUAGACGGCUGAUGCCCGUCUCGGAUUCCCUUCCCAAGGGAAUCAUGCAUCCACACCGCUGUGAGGAUUCGAGUUAGAAGAACUGGAAUUUCUGGGCUCCGAGGAUGCUCAGGUUGGGGGGAAGGGUUAAAGAUGUUCUUCUGGAGAUAGCAAUAGAAUUAUUUCUUUCAGUCUUAAAGUUAGUUGACAAAUAUGAUACAAAUAAAAUGCUCUUAUCUUUCAGGUUA